AUGUCAGCCUCGGCUUUUGGCGCGCUGGUCGAGGUCCAGAGCCCGCCUUCCAUCGCCAGUCCGGCUGCCGUCGUGCGCAAAGAUAAGCAAGGCAUCGCACAUACCCCCUCUGAUCAGGAAUUGGUGGAGCUCCAGCAAGGACGCCGGCAGCCAGCCGUCACUCCUGGUGGCGUCUCGUCGAACACUGCCACCGAUGUGCGCACGCCCAUUACGCCUGGGGAGCUGGAAAGCCAUCUAGCCUCGCCCGGCGAGAAUGAGGGCUACGGCCCAGCCCCGACUUUCAGCAACCCGUCCAAGACCAAAUGGCGCUUUGUGAGCACCUGUCUGAUGAGCUUCACACAGGGUCUGAAUGACAGCGCGCCUGGUGCUCUGAUCCCUUACAUGGAGGACGACUACGGCAUCGGCUAUGCGGUCGUCUCGUUGAUCUUCGUCACCAAUGCCCUGGGCUUCAUCCUCGCAGCUCUGGUCACUCAUAUUCUGGAAAUGAAACUGGGGCGUUCAAAGUGUUACGCUCUGUCCAUGGCCUUGCUGGCCGCGGGCUAUGUGAUCAUCAUCUGCAAGCCUCCGUUCCCUGCGGUCGUGGCUAGUUUCUUUCUUCUUGGGUUUGGCCUGGCUCUCAGUCUGGCUUUGAACAAUGUUUUCUGUGCGAAUCUUGCCAAUAGUACCGCGGCUUUGGGUGGACUGCAUGGGUCUUAUGGGCUUGGGGGCGUCGUGGGACCGCUUGUAGCGACUGCUAUGGCAUCACAUGGAGUUCGUUGGUCCCUGUUCUAUGGCAUCAGUCUGGCGAUGUCGCUUUUCAACCUGGGUUUUGCUGCAUGGUCGUUCUGGACCUACGAGAAAGAGCUACCAACACAGCUUCUGGGAGCGCUACAGCAGACCGCUUCCCAGCAAGCUCACGGCCCCGACUCAGUAAGCAAAAGCCGUCUCCUGAAGCAAGUGGUCAAGAACAGGACCACGCUGCUCGGUGCUCUUUUUAUCUUCGCCUAUCAGGGUGCGGAGGUGUCCAUCUCCGGAUGGGUGGUAUCGUUCCUCAUUAGCUAUCGCCAUGGAGAUCCGUCGCAUGUCGGUUAUGUCAGUGCUGGCUUCUGGGCCGGCAUUACCGCCGGGCGAUUCUUCCUAUCGCACCCUGCCCACUAUGUCGGGGAAAAGCUGUCUGUCGUCGUGCUUGUGAUUGGAUCCAUCGCUUUCCAGCUCAUGACCUGGCUCAUUCCUAACAUCAUCGGUGAUGCCGUCGCAGUCGCCAUCGUGGGUCUCCUCCUGGGCCCCGUUUAUCCUUGCGCCACUGCGGUGUUCAGCAAGCUGCUGCCCCGGUCGAUGCAAAUGUCAAGCUUAAGUUUCAUUAGUGCGAUGGGAAGCAGCGGGGGAGCCGUCUCGCCCUUUUUCACAGGUCUAUUGGCGCAGAAAGUUGGGACGUACGUCCUGCAUCCGAUCUGCAUCGGCUUGUAUGGGGUGAUGCUUGUGGGCUGGAUGUCUCUUCCGCGUAUCGCGAAGAGGUCGGAGUAA